AUGGCGCCACACACUCCGAAGGAAGAUGGGCCUCAACCACCACCACCGAUUACACCGGGAGGAACGUACGCCAUUCAAACCGUCUCAGUCGGCUGCAAGCUCUACAUCCGCCGUCCUGGCCCCGAUGGCCACGACGAGGAGCGCCUCGCCGAGAUCCUCUCCAUCCGCGACAAGCCCACGAACCCGUACGGCACCCGCGUCAAGCGCGAGGACGACGCCACUCGCCCCGAGGACCGCCUCGAGUUCUUCGUCCACUGGGACCAGUUCAACAAGCGCCUGGACGACUGGGUCCCCGGCUCCCGCCUCGUCCUCUCCCGCGACCUCGAGUGGCCCCGGCCCAAGGCCACCCCCACCCCUAAGAAGGCCGCCAGCAAGAAGACCCCCGCGAAGAAACAGCAGUCCCUCCUCAAGCGCGCCGCCACCGCACAUGCACUCACCGCCAAAGGCGACUGGGGCUCUCCUGCCCCGGGUACUCCAGGCUCCCAACCGGCGUCUACUCGGGCAAGCCCUUCUCCCGGUCCUUCCAUCCUCGGCCAGAAGCGCAAGACGCUCCAUGACGAGGAGGAAGAGGAAGAGGAGGACCUCGAUGCCGACGCCGAGGGUGAGAUGGACGUCGACGCCGAAGGCGACGUCCUUGACCUCGACUCGACCGAACCCCCACCGCCCCCACCAACCGUCUCGUUCUUCAGCAAGGAACAAGAGAUCGAGAAGCUUCGCACGUCCGGUUCCAUGACACAGUCAAUAUCCGAAAUAGCUCGUGUCAAGAACCUGAACCGACUACAGAUCGGCCGCCACGAAGUCGACGCGUGGUACUUCAGCCCGUACCCACAAGAAUUCGCGCACCUACCUAUACUCUACAUCUGCGAAUUCUGUCUGUGCUACUUCGGGUCCGAGUUCAUGCUCUCACGCCAUCGCAAACGUUGUAACCUCUUCCAUCCCCCGGGCAAUGAAAUCUACCGUCAUGAGGAAAUCUCCUUCUUCGAACUCGAUGGCAAGCGUCAGUUGGCGUGGUGCCGCAACCUAAGUCUGCUAUCAAAAUGCUUUUUGGAUCACAAGACCUUGUAUUAUGAUGUAACACCAUUCUUGUACUAUGUUAUGUGCAAACGCGACGAAUACGGCUGCCACAUGGUCGGCUACUUCUCCAAGGAGAAGGAGUCCGCCGACAGCUACAACGUCGCCUGUAUUCUCACCCUCCCCCAACACCAACGGCACGGCUACGGCAAGCUCCUCAUCGAGUUCUCCUACGAGCUCAGCAAGCGCGAGGGCAAGCUCGGCAGCCCCGAGAAGCCGCUCUCCGACCUCGGCCUCCUGGGCUACCGCGCCUACUGGGCGGAGACGAUCAUCGACCUCCUCAUGAACGCCACCGAGGACGUCUCCAUCGACGACAUCGCGCAGAAGACGUCCAUCACCCACGCGGACGUGAUGAACACAUGCACGACCCUCCAGCUCUUCAAGCACUACAAGGGGCAGCACGUCAUCAGCAUUCCAGAAGCCGUGCAGGACAAGUACCGCAAGGCGAAGGAGAAGCGCAAGCGCCGGAUCCACCCCCAGAACCUGCUCUGGAAGCCCCCCGUGUUCUCGCGAGAUCAGCUCAGAUUCGGCUGGUGA